AUGGUCAGCCUGAAGACUCUUGCUUGUCUUUGCCUCGUUGGCAUUGCCCAAGCUCAAAUGCCAUGGAUGCCAAUCAACAUCCCAAUCCCUAAACCCCCGUCGGGUUCCGGGUCCGGGUCCGGGUCCGGCCAAACCUCAUGCCCAACUUGUCCAACUUGUCCUGCGCCUCCAGCUUGUCCUGCGCCCCCAGCUUGCCCUUCAACUCCCGCUCUCGACCCGGCUAAGGUCAGUGACGCGAAGGCAGCUUGCGCUAGCAAACGUCCCGGGACCGUGCCUGUUUUUCGUGAGGAUGGCAAUCCCUACGGAUGUGCCCCCAACGUCUGCACCUACCCUCAAGUUACCUUGAAUUGUUAA